UAUGCCCAGUAAUUUUGUUUGUUUGUUUAGAGAUAGGGUUUCACUGUGUUGGCCAGACUGGUCUCGAAUUCCUGGCCUCAAAUGAUCUGCCCACCUUGGCUUCCCAAAGUGCUGGGAUUACAGGCGUGAGUUGCCGUGCCUGGCCUCCAAAAUUCUUCUUGUCUUUUUUUUGUUAAUUUGUAUUUAGAGACAAGGUCUCACUCUGUCACCCAGGCUUGAGUACUGUGGCAUGAUCAUAGCUCACUGCAGCCUCAAACUCCUGGGCUCAAGCAAUUCUCUUGCCUCAGCCUCCCAAGUAGCUGGUACUACAGGCAAGCACUACUCCCCCUGGCUUCAAUUCCAAAAUUCUAAGAGGCUUUGAUUCUCAUCUCCUAAAACUCUUGCAUCCUCAUAUUCUUUCUCUCUCUUUUCCAACAUCCUGAGUGUCUUAGCUGCUUGAGAUGAAGUCACAGGCUCAGCUGGCCACGGCCAACUUUAAUGGAAUGGCACACCUGGGACAGGCCUGGCAGUGCCCUUUUCCCCACGAGCUGGUGCUGCCGGCCGAAGGGAGGUGGGAUAGGCCUGAAUAUACCCCAGGCUCACCAGGGACCUCUUUCCUGGAAGUGUCAGGGAUGAUGAUGAGUGGCCCUGGGGAAUGCCUAAGUGUCUCCUCUAGCUCAUCUCAUGCUAGCUAAUGACCUUUGGGAGAGCUCAAAGGGGAAGGGAGGGGAGGGGGCUGGAGGUGCUGGCAGGCUUCUGUGUGGCGUCAAGAUUUCUGAGAGCUUUUUUCCAUGUUGAUAACAGGUGUCCAUGCAAAAAAGGCUCUGCCUUCAUGUUGGGUUGGGAAACUGCCCAACCAAGCUUUAUGGGUUUCUUUCCUGCAGGACUUAUCAGAGCCUUUGAUAUGCUAAUAUACAACAGAAAGUAUGGCCCACAAGCAUUUCUCUAAUCUGGGGACUAGUGCUCCCUGAAAGUGCUUUGGCAAGUUACCUCAUGGUAAAGAUGGGGAGACUGAGUCCCAGAGAAGAGAAAGAACUCAGAAGACCACAAUGGCUAAAAGUUUGGGCUUGGAGGUUAGGCGGACCUGAGUUUGAGUCCCAGCUUGCCUGCUUAUUUGCUGUGUGAUCUUGGGCAUUACUUAACCUCUUUGGGCUUCAGUUUCCUAAAGUGGGGACACUGAUAGCAUUUGCUUCACCAAGUUGCUGCGAGGAUUGCAUGAUUCAUGGGCUCUGCUCAUAGGGUUACUGUGAGGAUUGAACAAUUAAUUUUUUGCCAAGUGCUUUGCAGGAUGCCAGCGGCUAAGUGAGCACUUGGUGAGUGGAAGCUGUGAUCCUCCCUCUCCUCUUAGAAUCUCCCUGGAUUCCAGGGCCCUUUCCACUGCACCAGAUAAGACCCCUGUUUCGUCCCACUCACCAUCUGGUGUCCUGCCAGGCAUGGGGACUGGGAGGAUGUGGGGGCCUGAGGCCAGGACACUGGGACUCUCACAGACGUGUCACAAGGUUGUCAUCACAGGGAGGAGGACCAGUGUGUGCAAAGGCUUGGAGGUGGGAGCAUCCAAGGCCAGGCUCCUUCCUGGCUGGAUGACUAUAUGUUGGCUUCUCUGAGGCCUCUUAAGCAAAUGCGCAGUUCCACAGAUGGGAGGCAGCAGGGCAGCCGGCUUUGGACAACUGACUCUGGGAGGACUCGGAGUCCCUUCCUAUGAGUGGGUCCUUCCUCUCAGGCUGGCAGGGAGUGCCCCAACUUCUCCCCUUUGUCAGUCUUCCCACAGGGUGUGUCUGGGCAGGCAGAGGGUGUUGUGGCUCAAGCACUUGGUUGGACCAGAAGCCACGGCAACAGUGAGGCCUGAGCUGGCGGUGUGGGGGGUGGGGGGUGUCCAGCAGGUCUGGUGUAAGAGUGUGAGCCUCACCCUGGGCAGUGAGUGGGCCAGGCCUGGGCACCUGCCAGCCUCCGAGGCAGGCAGCUUGCUUCAUUUUAUUCUCCUUUAUUGUAGGAAAAUUCCUGAAAACUGAAGUCACUCUGCUUCUGCCAGUGAUCCUGGAAUACCCCUCUUGGGGAGCUCUCUGUGGUCACCUAGCUUGGACUUCAGUCACCCACUUGGGGAGUGGGAAUGGGGGAGGGGAGUGGGAAUAGGGGAGGAGAGUGCUUCUGCCUUUGCAAGCUGUUAUCCCAGGACCCAUGGGUGCGGCUGAGGGGUGGGGGGACUGGGCUGGGGGUGGGGCGUAGCCCUGAGUGCCACCUGGGUCUGACAGGGGUGUCUACUUUGAGCUGUUGGGUACAUGCUAUUUCCAAGUAAGAUUUACUUUUAUAAAAAAAGUUUGGAAACCGUUGGAGGGAGGGUCCUCUCAGACGCCACCCCACCCACCAUGGAGGAAACACCUGCAAGAGCCCUGCUCUUCGCACUGUGCCCCGCCCUCCCUGUUCCCUUCCCAGCUUUGAAGUCUGUUCCUCUGCGGAGCUCCCCACCUUCUCUUGCUUUCUCCUCCUGGCCCCAUGCAUCCCUGUGUAUGCACGGGCACACGCACACUCAUGCACACACAUGCACACUCAUGCACGGGCACACACACUCAUCACACACUCAUGCACAGGCACACACUCAUGCACACAAGGACAUUCAUGCAUGGGCACACACACUGAUCACACACUCAUGCACGGGCACACGCCCAUGCGCGCACACACACACAUGCCCACUAAUGCAUGGGCACACACACUCAUCACACACUCCUCACACACUCAUGCACAUGCACACACUCAUGCACGGGCACACACACGCUCACGCACGGGCACACACACCCAUGCACACACACAUGCACACUCAUGCAUGGGCACACACACUCAUGCGCACGCACACACAUGCACACACGGACACUCAUGCACAGGCACACACUGAUCACACACUCAUGCAAGGGCACACACCCAUGCGCACACACAUGCACACUCAUGCAUGGGCAUGCACACUCAUCACACACUCCUCACACACUCAUGCACAAGCACACACUUAUGCACGGGCACACACUAAUGACACACUCAUGCACGGGCACACACUGAUCACACACGUAUGCACGGGCACACACCCAUGCACACACACGUAUGUACACUCAUGCAUGGGCACACACUCAUCACUCCUCACACACAUGCACAUGCACACACUGAUCACACACUCAUGCAGGGCACACACACCCAUGCACACACACAUGCACACUCAUGCAUGGGCACACACACUCAUCACUCUUCAUACACUCAUGCACACGCACACACUCAUGCACGGGCACACACUGAUCACACACUCAUGCAUGGGCACACACCCCCAUGCACACACAUGCACACUCAUGCAUGGGCACACACACUCAUGCACACACACACACUCAUGCACACGCACCCACACCCACAUGCCUGUGUAACUCGCAGGAGUUCAUCCUCACCCUGCUGCCCGACCCCCUGGGCCAAAUCCUUGCUUCCAAAGGCUCAGCAGCUCAGUGUUGUGCCCCAGCAGCCCACAGGAGAGCAGCUGCGGACGGGAGGGGAGCUAGGGCAGUGGAAGUUGAGCUGGGGGGGGUCUUCCCCUCUGCCUCUCCCAGCGAGGGCCCAUUUGAGGGAAAGGCCUCCAGGAAGCCCCUUCCAGGGCCGCGCUAAAUGCUGGGGGAGCCACAGAGGAGCCUGAUGGGUCUGCGUCACAGGGCAGGGAAGAGAGUGCUGGAACGCAGGCUGCCCUGGCCCCGAGUCCAGGCCCUGCCAUCUAGCAGCUGAGGGAUGCGGGGCCAGUCCCUCCCCUCUCUGACCAUCUCUAAACCAGGGCUGCUGGUGCCUUUCCCUGGUUCAUAAGCCCGUGGUUCCCAAGCCUGCAGUAUGUCCAUCGAUGGGAUGCUUGUUAAAGCCAAGCUCUCAAGCCCACCCCAUCAGACCCUCUUUGGGCCAGGACUGUGAAUCUGCAUUUCAGCUCACUCCCAGAGGAAGGUCUGACCCACCGGCAGGCUUGGGAGCCUCUGAUGUGAGCGCCUGUGGCAAUGGGGGGCGUGUUGUGUUGAGGGUGGGUUGUGGGCCAGCAGGAACAUGCGUUAAUUUUGGCAAGGAAUGGACGGGUAGGUGAGGCUUCAUGGGGAGGACUUGUCUUAGCUCGUCUCAAAGAUGAGCGGAAUGUCACGGGGCUAAGUGCUAUCCAAGGCAAAGGGACACCAAGGGGCAAAGGUCUGUGGGUGGGAUGCCUGUGCUCGGGGGUGGGCAGUGGCCACUGUGUGUAAAGGGAAGAAGGAAGCAGUGGAUGGCCAGGUUCGUGAGUCUUCCCGGCAGGAGACAGCAGGGAGGCGCCUGCCCGGGAAGGGUUAAUCCCAGAGCCGUCCAGGUCCUAUCCACUCAACUUCCACCUCCAUCCUCUGAGGAAAUGGGUUUUCCAGGAGCUUGGCCUGGGCAGCGGUGACUCGUGGCUCCACACGGAAGUGACUCAGGCCCCCCGGGAGAAAGCGAGCCGUGGGUCCCCACUGCCCACCGUGCAGAGGGGCAGGGCUGAGCCAGGUCUGGAGCUGGAGCCCUGGGGGUGGGGCGGGGGAUGGGCUGGUGGUGGGGUGGGGUCUCAGCUCAGACAAACCCUGGCCAUCUUCCACUCUGCUGGAUCCUUGGGGAACCCCAUGAUGUGGCCCCCAUUGUGUCAGACUGGACUGGCCUGUUCUGUCCUGUGUGUGUUUACGGAAGGUCUGAGGUCAAGGGCGGCUGCUCUGGAAGCUGGGGGUUGUGGGGGCUUCCGUGGGCCUCAGCCCCAGCACCCUCUAUCCCAGGCUGGAUUCUCUGUGCUACUCUCCAUUCUCCUCUCCUUCCCUUUGGGGGGAUUCUAAAGCCGGGGAGUUAGGAAGGAUAUGCAUCUCUGGGGCCUUUACCAAUGCCAGCUCUACAAGGAGGGGGAGACUUGGCACCACGCCCGUGUGAUCUCAGAACACACAGCCUUCCCCAGCCUCAGUGUCUGCAUCUGUGAAAUGGUAGCAGUGAGACCCGUAUCACAGGGUGGUUCUGAGGGUUUGGUGUGAUAACAUGGAUGUCACCACUAACAUUAUCAUUGUGGGGGUGUUGCUAGAAUGCCCCCUGCUCAGCCACUCCCUCUGGCUCUGUGUGAGCCGAGGCAAGGCCCUUGCCUGUGAGGCCGUGGUUGGUACUGAGCGCCUGAUGGCUGAGGCUCUGUAGCGCUGGGGAUCUGCGGCUCCAGAGGCAGAGACAGGUCAGGUCCCAGGGGUCUGUGCGGAGACUCAUGCUACA